UCCUCAAGGCGAUUAAAUCUUAUUUCUAAUUUUUAUUUUCCCUUGCCUUUCAACAUCGAGCGAAAACAAUUGUAGCUAGUGCUAGUCGAAUGGUAGUCAAACAGGGGAGCAAAACCAAUGAGAUGAACGCAGUAUGUGGCAAGCCACCAGUUUUUAUAUGAUCGUACAAUUUGUUACUAUACCACAGGUGCUUUGUUAUUCUUGGGCGGGAUAAAAGGAUGUUAGGGAUUCGUCAAUGCUACGUGUUAGUAGCAUGAUAUCAUCUGCGAGUGGAGGCUGUGAAUUGAACUGAUCAUAAUUCACUCAGACAAACAUGUUAAUAAUCCAUAAAGAUCCGGUAACAACCGAGGAUUGAAGUUCUUCCGGGGUUGCGGAAUUCUAGUAAAACCUCUGGAACGUGCUAUGUUGCGACAUAACAUGCUCAACCGUGAGCGGGCCACUGAUGAUGAUGAUGAGUCUAUAAAGUUGAUCAUCUGUUUCAUACUGCUCUUUGCGACCAUUCCAUUCUCAGCUGUUCGGACAUCGUUCGAGGUAUAGCAAUCUUUCCAGCUGAGCAUGAGCACUCCAAAUUGCCGUUGAUAAAAAGGCCAAUCAGCGCGAUGGAGAGAAUUUAGUUCCGCUUUAAACGUUGCCACCGACAGAUCUGCACUGCUCACGGCAAAAGCAGUAACAAUCUUAAUCUUAAAAGAAAACAAACACAAUCACUUCAUUUUCAACGGGGAUUCACCCAUGAUUAAUUAGCAUAAUGCGGGGAUUUACUGUGCUGAUUGCGGUCUUCUGUGCGUGCGUAUUUAGAACAACGAUCGCUCAAGCAAUCCCGCUAGAAUGCGGUGAACGCAAGGUAAAAACCGUGUUUCUGGUGCAGCACGGUACCGAAACGAAGGAAGGCCAUUGGCCGUGGCAUACCGCCAUCUAUCACCGGCAGGGUCAAGAUUUCGAAUACGCUUGCGGUGGUUCGAUCAUCGACAGAAAUACUAUCCUGACCGCGGCACACUGUCUGUACACCUCAAGUGGACGGAUCGAGCUGGACAGGCUGUCCGUUCAGGUGGGUCGUAAUCAGCUGUCGGAAGCGAGCACACGCUCGCAGGAACAUCAGGCAGAGCAGCUCAUCAUACAUCCGGGCUACAGCCCGGACAGUGUCGCCGACGAUAUAGCGCUGAUUAGGCUCGCUACCGACAUUACGAUGACGCGUUACAUCCAACCCGUCUGUCUGUGGAAUAUGGAACCAAACCACGAGCUGAUCGUGGGCCGAAACGGCACGGUAGUGGGGUUCGGGCUGACGGAGCAUGAUCGUGUGUCGGAUUAUUUACGGCAGGCUGCAAUCGAGGUGGUCGAUUCCUGGACGUGUAUCCAGAGUGAUCGUGUCGCAUACGGUUCAACAUUGACCGCCGGUAUGUAUUGUGGUGGUGGGAAGGCAGGCGUUAGUGUGUGCAAUGGCGACAGUGGGGGUGGUAUGUUUUUCCAAUUUUCCGACAACUGGUACGUGCGCGGUGUGGUAUCAUUUAUGCCAUUGCGCGAAAACAUCGGACUGUGCGAUGGUACCAAGUACACCGUGUUUACCGAUGUGGCCAAGUAUCGCGAGUGGGUCGCACAGUUUAUCAACCCAACGCUAGCGUCCGUUCGUGAAGAUCCGCUCCUGGUGGACAGCAGUCCGAAGCUGCGGCUGCUUAACUUUAAUACCUGCGGUAUCAGCCCGUACACGAACGGGACAAACGAUAGCUUCUUAGCUUACCCGUGGAUCGGGUUGGUGGAAAUGCUUGCUCCUGGACAGAAGAAACCCACAGCAUUUUGUCAGGUCACGCUAAUUAGCGAAUGGUACGCCGUGGGACCCGCUCACUGCUUUCGUAACGAUGGGAUGGAACGAACCGUUCGGCUUGGUGAUUACGACAGAUCGACAGAAACGGACUGCAUUGAACGGAACGGCAUUACCGUUUGUGCUCCACCCGUUCAGAUACUUGCGAUUGAAAGAAUUAUAAUACGACCGGAUUACAACCAACUUAGCAUCACGGAUGAUCUUGCGUUGAUUGAAUUUCGCCGACCGGCCAACAUUAGCCAGCCGAAUGUCAGACCCAUUUGUUUGCCGGUUACGGUCGCGUUGCGUAGCUACAAACCGACCGCCUUCACGCUCGGAGGAUUCCCCGUUGCUGGUGAUCGGGUCGUUGCUAGUACUCCGACCUAUCUCAACUCGGUCAACUGUCAGGAGCGUUACAAUGCCAUCAAUUAUCCACUGCGCAAAAGUCACACGCAAAUCUGUGCCAUCAGCGUACCUGCCAACUAUACCGGGCCUUGCGAGCGAAUGGUUUCCGGUUCAUCGCUGCAAACGGUACAAGCGUUUGGCCGAAGGGAACGUCACUUUCUGCAGGGGGUUCUUUCGUUCGGUGCACGGGAAUGUGAUGCUACGGUGCCCGAUAUUUACACCAAUGUGGCCAUUUACCUCGACUGGAUACUGUACAACAUGCGAGAUAUAAGACUAAGUGGUCCCGAUCCGCACGACCAGCUCAUCUUCACAUCGUAAGCGGAAUCCGGAAAUAGGUGCAACUGAAAGAAGGAGCAUAGAGUUUAAUCACCUGUUUCGGUUACAAAACGUUACUAAAGCAAAAACCCUGUGU